AUGUUCGGUCGCAUUGGAGGCCAGGCGCUUCGCUGCGCAGCUCGUCGUCCUUCGGCCCCUCGCAAACUAUGCGGCCGCAAGUUCUCGGCCCAUGCUGGUGCCAGCGCCCCUUCUUCCGCGCCGUCACCUCUCGGAAGCAUCACAAUCGAGCUGGAUCGCAUCGCACCCCGAUUUGAGAUCCCGGCCUCUCGGAUUACGAUUUUGGAUUCCCCGGCCAAUUUCUACUCUACAUUGAAGAACAAAAUCCGAAGUGCCAAACGCCGCGUUUACCUCUCGACCCUUUAUAUCGGCAAAUCCGAAUAUGAGCUCAUCGAGACUAUAUCUUCGGCCUUGCGUGACAAUGCGGACUUGAAAGUGUCGAUCCUCACCGAUGCCCUACGCGGUACCCGAGAGACCCCAAAUCCUUCUAGCGCCUCGCUACUAUGUUCAUUGGUGGUUGAGAAAAAAUGGAUCCCUCGUCGUAUCAACGAAGGAUGGGGUUUGCAGCAUAUGAAGCUGUAUGGGAUCGAUGAUGAAAUCAUCAUUUCGGGAGCAAAUCUCUCCCAGGACUACUUCACCAACCGACUAGACCGGUACCAUGUCUUCGAUUCUAAGGCCUUGACGGAUUAUUAUGCUCGCAUUCACCAUGCGAUUUGCAGCCUGAGCUUCCAGGUCUUGCCAGACCCUCACAACCAUGCCGGCUACCUUCUAGACUGGCCGACUUCCAACGGUGCUCCUUCGCCCUUGGAUGCUCCUCAGGAUUUCAUAUCUUACGCAUCAAACUUUCUCAGCCCCCUCAUACAAGCAUCCGACAAUAAACCCGCUCUCCCGUCGUCAUCAAGCCAAACCUUCGUCUACCCUGUUGCACAAUUCACUCCGCUCCUGAAACCCGACACAUCUACCGAAUUUCCGGCUGUCACAAGCAUCUUGCGUAUGUUGUCUGAGUCGCCUGCAUUUACAGGAGCCCGUUGGCUUUUUACCGCCGGAUACUUCAAUAUCCAUCCCGUCCUCUCCUCCCUCCUCAUCUCAAGUACUUCUACCACCUCCGAAAAAGCCUCCACCACUCAAGGCACCGUUUUGACUGCUUCGCCUUGGGCCAACGGUUUCUACGGCUCUCCAGGCGUGUCUGGUAUGCUGCCCGCUGCAUACACACAUCUCUCGGCUCGCUUCCUCGACCGCGUCGCUGCUGCGCAGGCCACAAACUUCAUUCAGCUGAAAGAAUGGCGCCGUGGUACAGUUGGCACUCCAGAUGGGUGGACAUACCAUGCUAAGGGUCUCUGGAUCGCCCUACCACGUGAAGAGCACCCUAGCCUCACCUUCGUUGGUAGCAGUAAUUAUACCAAGCGGAGCUACAGUCUCGACCUCGAGGUUGGCGCUUUGGUAGUGACAAAUGACCAAGACCUGAAGUUCAGGCUUGGUGAGGAGACUGAGUGGCUUCAGAAGGACUCUAGUCCAGUUUCCAGGGAAGACUUGAUGCGCACAGAGAGACGUGUCGGCUGGAAUGUGCGACUCGCUAUGUGGAUAGUCGAGAAAGUUGGCGGUGCGCUGUAA